AUGCUCUCCGGCAUUGCCCAUGAUCCGAUCCAAAGAGACAUUUUCACGCCGCUCUUUCUGGGUGCCGUGAUAGUCGUCCCUCCAGCUGAGGUCAUCACGUACGGAUUGUUAGCCGAAUGGAUGCAUGAACACAAGACCACCUUCCAUUCUCUUCGGAAUGCCUUCUUUGUCGGAGAUCUUCUCACCAAAAAGGACUGCAAGAAGCUACACGAUCUCGCGCCCAACACCACCGUCAUAAACCUCUUUGGAUCGACCGAGUCGCAACGCGCAGCGCCCUUUUUCGAGGUCCUGAGAAAAGCCAAGGAUCCGGCUUUUCUCGAGUCCGUGCCGGAUAUCAUUCCGGUUAGCCAAGGCAUGAAGGAUGUUCAGCUCUUGGUCGUUGACUGUGAGGACAGACACAAACUGUGCGAAGAAGGCGAGCAAGGCGAGCUAUGGAUCAGGGCUGGAGGUUUGGCCGAGGGAUACCUCGGCGAUGACGACAGGACAGCAGAACUCAACCAGUCCAAGUUCGUUCCCAACUGGUUUGUUGACCCUGCCAAGUGGGCACAGCAGGACAAGCACCAGAACCUCCCCCAUUACAAGGGUCCGCGAGACCGUCUGUACCGAACUGGUGAUCUUGGCCGGAUCCGCCCCGACGGAAGUGUCGAGUGUACAGGCCGGAUUGAUUUUCAAGUCAAGAUCCGCGGCUUCCGGAUAGAGCUGGGCGAGAUCGACAUCAAUUUGCCCCGGCACCCAUUCGUACGUGAAAACGUCACAGUUGUUCGAAGAGACAAGGACGAGGAGCAGACACUUGUCACGUACUUUUUCCCAGAGACGAAGCGGUGGUUCCAGCACCUCCAACCCCAUGACGAUGGGGAAGCCAUCGAGCAGGAAAUCGCCUACGAGACCAUGGCCGGAAUGCUCAGACGAUUCAAGCUGUUGUCUGACGACUGCAAGAAGUUCCUAGCGGCCAAGGUUCCCAAGUACGCUGUUCCCAGCAUGUUUAUUCCUCUAGCCCGAAUGCCCUUGAAUCCGAACGGCAAGAUUGACAAGCCCGCGCUCCCCUUCCCCGACGAAGCAGAUCUUCUUCAAGUCGCCAAAAGGAGGGCUUCGUCAGUGAUUGCCAGCAUGACCGACACUCAAGCUCGACUGGCCAAAAUAUGGGCAUCAGCUCUCCCUAACCGCACUGCACGUAUGUUUGUGCCUGGAUCCAACUUCUUUGAUGAAGGCGGCCACUCAAUCCUUGCACAACAGAUGUUUUUCCGCCUCAAGAAGGAGUGGAAGGAUAUUGAUGUGCCAGUCAAUGUUAUUUUCCGGUCGCAGACUCUCGAAGCCCUCGCCGCGGAGAUCGACAGAGCCCAGGACCCCAUUGGCCUGCGACUGGACGCGAUGCCUCUUAUCGGAGAUGGCACCACGGAGGACGAGGCAUACGCCGCGGAUGCGAGGGAUCUAGCGUCUCAGCUUCCCGAGUCCAUCCCGCAAGCACCCGGGCCUCAGAGUUACACAGAGGCUGGGCCCACGGUGCUUUUGACUGGUGCGACAGGCUUCCUCGGCUCCUAUGUCCUACACGAGCUCCUCGAUGGCCCUAGGAGAGCGCAUGUAAUCGCGCACGUCAGAGCCAAGGAUGCAGCGGCAGGCUUGGCACGCGUCGAGGCGGCAACAAAGGCCUACGGCUUGUGGUCCCCAAGCUGGACGAGCACAAACAGACUUCAAGUUGUGGUGGGAGAUAUAUCCAAGCCACGCCUCGGCCUGCUCGAGGAGACAUGGGAUCACCUCUCCAAUACGGUAGACCUAGUCAUCCACAACGGCGCCCAGGUCAACUGGAUGCUGCCGUACUCCAGCAUGCGGGCGGCCAAUGUGCUGAGCACGCUAGACUGUAUCCGACUUUGCUCGACAGGGAAGCCCAAGCGACUAGCAUUCGUCAGCUCAACCUCGACGCUAGACAAUGACCACUACGUGCAGCUCUCUCGAGAUGUCGAGACUGGCGUGCCUGAGGCUGAUGACCUUGAGGGCAGCCGUAAGGGCCUUGGCACAGGCUAUGGCCAGUCCAAGUGGGCGAGCGAGUUUGUCAUUCGCGAAGCCGGGCGGAGGGGCCUUGUAGGAGCCAUUAUCCGACCCGGAUACAUCACAGGCGAUUCAGCAUCGGGCAUUUCCGUCAUGGACGACUUCCUGGUCCGCCUAUGGAAGGGCUGCUUGCAGGUGGGAGCGCGCCCUGACAUUGCAAACACGCUCAAUGCAGUCCCUGUUACGCAGAUCAGCCGUAUCGUCGUUGCCGCAGCGUUCCAUCUCUCCGCUACUACUGAGCAAUCACUGGGCGUGGCUCAGGUCACCAGUCACCCACGCUUAAGACUGAAUGAGUGGAUGGGUGCCCUCGAGCUCUAUGGAUAUGGCGUGCCCAAGGUACCAUACCAGGAGUGGUGCACCAAGGUCAUCGACUACACAAGUGACGAUAGCAAGGAGGAACACGCUCUGCUCCCGCUGUUCCACUUUGCGGUGGGUAACCUGCCCGCAAACACCAUUGCUCCCGAGUUGGAUGAUAGCAAUGCCGUAGCAGCUCUGCGGUCAUAUGAUGAAGGGAACGAGAGUCGGGAUGCAAAAUCUUCUCCGAGCACACUUGAUAUGGAUAUCCUUGGCAUGUACUUGGCGUAUCUGGUUGCAGUUGGAUUCCUACCACCGCCGACAGAGAAGGGCGAGCAUGAGCUGCCAAAGGUUGACGAGGCAAGGUUACAGGCCAUUGCUGCAGAUAGCUUGGGUGGUAGAUCUGCAAGGCCGUAG